GAGCGUUAGCCGUCUUCACCGGCAGCGCUGUCAAGCAGCCACUGCCCACGGAGCUUUCCUGACGGCCGGGCGAUGCCGCACCACACGGCAUCGGGUGAGGGGGAGCACAUCAGCGGCGGCUAGGGUUAGGGUGUGGUCCGAUCUCGUCCGUUGAUAUGACGUUAGAUGAAUCUGGACCGCUCAGUGCUCUGUAGGGUAUCUUUCCUCCGCCCUCUCUCUCCCGUUCGCGGCGGCCGGCCGGCGAGCUCCCCCCUCCCCCCUCCCUUGAGGCGGCCCAGGACGGGCUUCUCCUCCUCUCUCCCUCUCCUCCCGCGAGCAGGGGCGCCGACGUGCCCUUCAUCCUCACCGAUGGAUGCCGCAGCUCUUCAGUAUGAGAAUCAGAAGCUUGUGCAGCAACUGGAGGCACAGAAAUCUGAGCUGCGUGCGUUGGAAGGCAAGUUCAAGGAGCUGAGGGAUGAGCAAUGUUCAUACGACAACAGUUUGAUUUCUUUGAAUAAAAUGUGGAAUCAGCUGAUUGAUGAUUUAGUCCUGCUUGCGGUUCGGGCUGGUGGGAAUUUAAACAAUUUGCAAGCGCUUGAUCAUGAAGAGUUCUCAGAGGAAUCUCUUGAGGCAUGCCCUUCUGAGGAGAUAUUUCUCUUUAGGCUCUUGAAUACCAGCAAUUUCAAAAAUAAUGAUGACAAUAACCUGUCAAAAUUCGUUGAAGAAGCUCUUGCCUUGCGCUAUUCAACAACAGUUACUCUGAUGAAGUCCCUGCAAGAGGCUUUUGCUGUACACCAGGCCAGAAGUGAAUCUUUAUCAUUAGCUUUAACUGGGGCAAUCACUAAUGAAGAUGUCAUUAUAGCCCUUGAAAACCAUAAUGGUUACUUGAAAGAGGUCGUUGACAAUGCACGCCAAGCUAUCUCUAUCAUCAACGAGAAGCAUGAAAGGUAUCUGGAUGAGAUUGAGUCUUUCAAAAGCAGCCAUUCAAGAGAACUACAUGAAAUAAAGUGUCUUUCAGAUGAGCUAGAGGAAAGCAUGGCAGAUCUUGAGGAAAGUCGACGAAAGCUGGCUAUUCUCCAGUUGCAGAGAGAUGGAGCCUCAGUGAUGAACAUAGCUGCUCCGAAUGGUGUGAAUGGUAGUGUUUCAACUGAUAAAUCUUCGGAUAAAGGUAUGGGCUGGCGAGACCUGAAAGAUGCUGUUCAAGAGGCUAAGACUCUUGCUGCAAACCGCCUAUUUGAACUCCAUGAGACCCAGGAGGAUAAUCUAAUACUGUCCAAGAAACUGGAAGAUCUUCAGGAUCAAUUAAAAGAUGAGAAUUAUAUUUUUAUGUCAAAACCAUAUACAAUUCUUAAUGACCAGUUAAAUCAUCUGAAUGCUGAGGUUGAACGACACAGGGGGUUAGUUGAAGUGUUACAGAAUGAAAAGGACCAGUUCAUGCAAAAGGAGAAAGAAAUGCUUGCAAAGGAAGAAUCAAUGGAAAGUAUUAAACAAUCCAUUACCACUUACAGUGCCACAAUUGAAGGUCUGGAACAUGAAAUUCAGAAACUUAUGGCUGAAAAGAAUGAUCUGGAAAUCAAGGUUGAGGAAGCCUUGCAAGAUUCGGGAAAAAAAGACUUCAAGGAUGAGAUUCAUGUUAUGGCUGCAUCACUCUCCAAAGAGAUGGAACUGUUGGAGAAUCAGUUGAAAAGAUCAAGGGAUGCGGCUUCUGAAGCACUUGCAUUACGUGAGGAAGCUGACUAUUUAAGAACCUUGCUAGCUAAGAAGACUGGUGAACAAAAGGAGAUAUCUGAUAGGUACAACUCACAAAUCACUGAGAUAAAAUCCCUCAAAGCAUUGAUUGAAACACUGGACCAGGAAAAGCAGGAGUUGCAAUUUAUUGUGGACAUGCUCGGGAAAGAAGGUUCCGAGUCUAGGUCAAUUGCAGAGAUUGAAGAAUCAGAAAAACAAGCUCGCGAGCAAGCUGAAUAUUUGAGGAAAUGUCUAGAGGAGCAUAAUCUUGAGCUUCGAGUAAAAGCAGCAAAUGAAGCUGAAACUGCAUGUCAGCAAAGGCUUUUAAUCGCUGAAAUAGAACUGGAAGAUUUGAGGGCCAAAGUGGAUGCGUCAGAAAGAGAUGUUCUGACGCUCAAGGAGUCGAUAAGAAUUUUAGAAGCUGGAAGGGAGGGCCAUAUAUGUGAAAUUGAGACAAUUGGUCAAGCAUAUGAAGACAUGCAAACACAAAAUCAACAUCUUCUUCAACAGGUUGCUGAUAGAGAUGAUUUUAACAUAAAGCUAGUAUCGGAUAGUGUGAAGAUGAAACAAGCAUAUAGUUCCCUUCUUUCUGAAAACCACAUAGUCCAGAAGCAACUUCAGCACGUCAACAGUUCACUGGAGUCAUCUAAACAAAAAAUCACCUACUGUGAAGAGCAGAUGAAGAUCUAUGUAGCAGAAGCUAUGAAAUCUUCUUCAGAGAGUAGGCAUCUUGCAAUUAUGCUUGAAAGGCCUAUGCUGGAGGUAUCUGAUGCAGAGAAGGAGCUCAAGUGGCUUCGGUCCACUUUUGGAUCUGCUGAGAAAGAAUACGAGAUAAAUCAGAAAAAAAUAGCUGACCUCAAAAUGGAGCUAGAGCAUGAGAGGAGCGAGAGGACAAAACUUGAGGAAGAAUAUGAAGAGAUCAAAAAUGAAGUCUUGGAGCUGACCUCAGAGACUGAAGAGACUACUAUACAGAAGCUCCAAAAUGAAAUAAACGAAUGUAAGGCUAUCCUCAAGUGUGGGGUAUGCUUCGACCGACCAAAAGAGGUCGUGAUUACCAAAUGCUUCCACCUCUUCUGCUCACCAUGCAUCCAGAGGAACCUUGAGAUCCGCCACCGUAAAUGCCCAGGUUGUGGCACCCCGUUUGGACAAAGUGACGUUCGUGAGGUGAAGAUCUGAAACGUCACCAAACCAGCUUGAAUGUCCUGGUAGCAGCUUCGUGAACCUGCAUGCUUCGGUCAUGUGAAUAUAUGUUUUCUGUUUUUGUGUAGAGUCUAGGACAGAGAGAUCAAAAUCAUGGUACUUAUGUCAUGUACCCUCUUCGCUUCAUAUUAUAAAAUGUUUUGGCCAUGUCUAAUUUAUCUAUUGAUUAACAUACAUUGUACAUUAUUUGUAUAUAUA